AUGCAUUUGAGCAUUCUUCAAUUCUUGGCCGUUGGCCUAGCUGGUCUUGAUGUUGCGGUCGCGGGCCCUUGCAAGCCUCGUUCUUCAGCACCCGAGCCUUCUAUUGCAACAUCAGUAGUAACAUCAAGUUUUGCCCUAUCGUCCGACACCUCAGCCACUUUUGCCAGCACGACGACCGAAGCAGUCACUUCUGCUGACACAGCGACUGAUAUAACGACUGAGGUGACUUCGGCAGUCACUGAAACAGAGACUACCAACAUCGAGGUAACCACUUCCUUCGAUACGACCACUGAGGCUACUACUUUCGCUACCUCAACCGCGACCACCGAAGGAGCUUCUACCACCACAGCAGAUACUACAACUGAGGCUGUGACGACUUCAGGCACAAUCACUGCUUCAUCUGAAAUCACCGAGGCUCCUACUACCACUGAAGAGACAACUACUGCUGCCGCCACCACCACCUCCGUUCCUAUGUUCCGACUCCUCCCCGCAAUCAGCAAUUACCAGGGCCAACCCAUUCUCUCAAACAGAGCUCAUUUCACUCCUCUUCUCUUCAACACCGUGCAAGGCUACACCGACGCUUACUUCACCAUCGACGCCACUACCGGCCGCCUCUUGCUUGACGGCACUUUGCCCAUCUGUGGCUACUUCCCUGGCGAUGGCACCAGCGCAUUCACUGUAUGCGAUGCCAGCGAUUUCCCACCCCAGGAGCAGUACCUCACUUGCGAGACACCUACCUCGGGUAGCCAGAUUGAAUGCACUGUGCCUCUGAUAGCAUGCAGCCGGCUUGGAUGUACUCAGCCUGGCACUCUCUGGGGUACUACAUAUAUUGGUCCCUCGGGAAAUGAUCUCGGUAUUAAAGCGCUUCUCGGCCCUCCUUCGAUGCCAGGAUACGUUCCUGUCCCAUUGAUAGUUACUUUUGGCUCGGAUUAG